AUGAUGGCCUUCACUUUGCUGGCUUGUCUGCACUUCAUGUUACCUUUUGUUUCUCCUGCAAGAAAUAUUUCUCUCAAGUGCAUGCAAGACACUGACGAAUUCCUUUCUGAUCUGAAUGCACUGGAGCCCAAAGAAUACGCUCUGAGAAUGUAUGACUCUGUGGGGAAGCUUGGAAGCAAUGUUCUCAAUGGCAAUGUGGACCGACUGGGAUCCUACAGUGAGUGCCUUUCCACCCAGGGCCCUGGGGGAAGUUUCCGAGGCCAGUACUGCAAGCUUCACAUACUGCAGGAUGGAGCUGACUACAGUGUGGGUGUGUGUGUCCCUGAUUCUUGUGGUGAAGAGGAUGUGACCAUGAUAUCUCAGCUGGAUAUUCUAAGGUUCAGAAAUACUUCAUUUUUGGCGCCUUCCCUCUCCCUCUUUACAAAAAACUCUUCCUCCUCACCUUGUGAAAGUGUGGCCAGAUGUGCUGCUGGGGUGUUUCCACUGGACACGUUUGCCACCGUGUGCCUGUUCAUCACCUUGCUAGGCCUUGUCCUUCCUGUGGCUGGGACUGUUUACAUGAUGGCCAGGGGCUGGGGCUUGGACCUCAGGACAUCGAGGGCACAUGGGACUUCUCCUGCAGGUUGUGAGAGUCUGCCUUUGAGAAACAUGGAGAGCAAUGGGCAAAGAAGGAGGAGCCAGCAGACCAGUUGCCAAGUUCACCUCUCCCCACCAGGACCCCUGAGCAGAGGAAAAAGGUUUCUAGGAGCCAUAGAUGGAGUUCUACAGUGCUUUUCUUGGCAAAAGAACAUUCCGGCCAUCUGUACCCCAGAGCUGCCAGGACACACCUGCCAGACACUCAACGGGAUCCGAGUCCUGAGUCUCCUUUGGAUUGUCUCAGGACACACUAGUCAGAUGACUGCUUGGCUGUCUUUGGAUAAUGUGCUUGAAUGGAAAGCCAGAGUGCCUGUCAACCCGUUGUACCUCUACUCUCGGAGUGGCCCAUUCUAUCUCGGCGUGGAUACCUUUUUCCUGAUCAGUGGUUGGUUAAGUGCAAGGUCAUUUCUAAAGAUGCAGCGGAACACAAACACAGGAAUAACCCCUAAAGUCAUACUCGGAUACUGUCUCAAGCGUUUUACAAGCUUGCUGCUUCUUCUUCUGUGCUCAGUGUGCUUGCUGGUUGGACUCUUCUCUUUUGUCCCCUGGGGACCUGUCUGGGAAGUUCCACAGUUCCACUGGGAUAACUGCCGGCAAGUCUGGUGGACGAAUCUGCUGCUGCUGAAUAACUUCGUGUCUGUUCAGAAUGCCUGCAAUGGCUGGACUUGGUACCACACCAGCGACUUCCAGUUCCACCUCCUGACACCGUUGGUCUUCUUCGUCCGUGGAAAAAGUAAACGUGUCCUUGUCCUCCUCGGGACCCUGCUGUUCCUGACAACUUUCACCACCACUGCUCUGCUCACAUUGGCUUAUAAACUUCCUGUGGCAUCUCCAUCAGCAGCCAGUGAAAAGGAAUCUGCACUGUAUUUCUCAGAGUAUUACACCAAGCCCUACUGCCGGUGUGGCCCGUUCCUUGUGGGCCUCUUCCUGAGCAUGUUCAUGCAUUCAGAUCACCAAACAAACAUUCUCAAGACGACGGUGCAGGCCGUGCUGGGCUGGACUUUCUCUCUGCUGACACUGUUUGUAGUUGUUGCCCUGGCAUACAUAGUGGACGACACCUCUCCAACCUCUGCCAUGGCUGGUGCCCUCUGUCUGGUGAAGCAUGUGCUUUCUUGUGGCAUCUGGCGUCUCCCGGCUACUAUCAGUUACGCUUGCUACCUUGUGCAUCCCAUUGUGAUCAUUCUCUAUAACGGGCUGCAGGAGACCCUUAUUCACUAUACUGACACCAAUAUGUUCUAUCUUCUCUCUGGACACUGUGUGCUGACCUUCCUCUGUGGGCUGGCCCUGACACUGCUCAUUGAGCGGCCAUGGCAGGAGCUGAAGUGGGGCCUGUGGGGACCAGAACCUGUUGGACUGUGAGCAAUCCAACUGAAAGCCAAGAGAAAGACAGUCUACCUGUGGUUCUCGGAAGGAAUGUGAAUCUGAUUUUGUGAACAUUUAUUGUGUACAAUGUAUUCAGAUAACCUGUGUUCACUAUACAAAGCAAUUCUAUCAUGACUCUCUCUCUCUCUCUCUCUCUCUCUCUCCUCCCUCUCUCUCUCCCUCUUGGCUUGGACCUGAUUUUCUCCAUUGGUGACCAUAGUGUUAAAGCAUUAAAAUGGAGGCCAAGCCCAAACCAUAAAAAACCGUGAAGUCUCAGUCUUCUUCCUACAUGACCUUAGCUUUGCUUGAUUUGAAAACAUAAGCAAAAUGUAAGUUGAACUAGUUUUUAUAAAUUUGCGUAUUAAAUAAAAAACAAAAAAUUAAACACAACCAAUCAGAAGUAGACAAAAAACAAAACAAAACAAAACAAAAACCCCAAAACCUACCAACUUACACAAUUAGGAGCUCUCCAAUGGGAAGACACCAAAUAAACAGCUGUGGAACUGUAACCAAUCCCAUUGGCUUGGCUUCCAUGUCACCCUGAUGAGUUCCCAUGUGAAGGGCCUGGACCACACUGGGUUUGGAGCUGCCCAAGAACUAUUAUUAGUGUUUGCUCAAAUAAACUCUAAAAAUUUAUUGUGUCUCAGUUGACAUUUUAGCAUUAGGCAGUUACCCAAUGUAGUGCACAUAUCAUAAUUUGAAUCCUAAAGCUCAUGUGGUUUAUACAGAAGGCUGUUAUCGUCACCAAAGGUGUGUCACAGCAGCCUUGGGAAGCUGUAGUGGCCCCCAUAAUCUUCAGAGGCUACAUUUCAGGAGUCCCCCAGUAGAUGGCUGAAGCUGCAGACUAUCAACCCCAGUAAGUCUGUUUUUCUGUAUUCAUAUAUAUCUAUGAUAAAGUACAAUUUGUAGAUUAGGUGAAGAAAGAAAGAAACAAUAAUUGAUAGUAACUCAUAGUAGGAUGAU